AUGAGUUUUGCUCUACCUUCUUCAAAAUUACCACUUGUAUACCGACACCCCUACCAAGGAUUCGUCAAUGUUUUACCCUAUAUUGAUGGGGAAUUAGAUGCCAAAACUUAAAACAUAGUCGAUCGUCUGAUUCAAUAAGAAAUGUCAAACAUGGACCCUCAGGAUUAUUUGCAUGAAUUGCCAAUGCCCUAAACGAAGUUAACAGAUCUGUUGAAAUCAGAGAUGGAAAGAGUCUAACAACAGUAACCCAUGAAUAAAAUUGAUUUCGAAUAGAAACCAAAUUUCAAUGAAGAGUUUUAAUCAACCCAUGAAAUUCAAGAGGCCAAUUAAUAAUUAAAUGUGCUUAAUCAAUACGCUUAAAUUAACAUAAUCAAUUCCGAAUUGCUCAAUAAAUAUGGCAAAGAAUCAUGGGCAUUAUUGCUCAAAUCCUAAGAAAAUGAGAAGAAUAGAUUAUCAAAUGAGGUUGUCAAGUAAUAGCAAGAAUUGAAUCAUAUUAAUGCAUAAAGAAAAUACGAACAAAAUGAAGUCAAAUAUAAAUUAGAUAGCCUAAAAGCUAAGGUUUAAGAAGUCUUGACAAACAAUGCUUAAUUGGAAGUUGUUUGUGGAGAAUUAGAGCAAGAAAUAUAUGAUAAACAAAGAAAAAAGUUAAAAUUGAAUUGA